AUGACCCAACAUUCAACAUCUGCUGAUGAAAGACUACUAAACUUUUUAAGAUUGAAUCCAAGUAUUUGGGGUGUCGCACAUAUUCCAAUCAAUCUAGAAUUAAUAUGCAGUCUUUGGAGUGAUACUGAUUGGUCCGAAACAAAAACACUGACAAUGACAGCACUUUAUGACAACAUUGCCGAAUGGUUAUGUCGACGAUAUCUAUCAAAACAAAAUAGUGAUAUUCAGAUGACAAAAGAAGACAUUUAUGCAGAUUGCCAUAAAGAACUGGCAUUUUUGGAAACAUUAGCAUUUAAAGGAAUGGAAAAUAACACUGUAAUUCUACGAAAAGAUUUGCUACAGAAGACUUUGAAGGAGACCGAGUACUCGUCGAAACACUACACCCGCUUACUUAAUAUUGGUAUUCUAAAAUCGAUAAACGUACAGUCGACUGGUAAUCGAAUUGAAGUAGAGAAAGAUCAUUAUUUUAUUCAUCUCAGCUUUCAAGAACAUUUUGCAGCACGAUACUUAGUGAAAGCUCUUAAUGGUCCAGGACGUCAAGCAGCCAUUGAAUUUAUUAACAGUCACAAAUAUAACCAACGUUUUCAAUUGGUAUUUAUCUUUACCUCUGGUCUUCUUGCUCAGAGUGAUGUUGAAUCAUGCACUGACAUGUUCUGGGACAUCAUUUUAGGGGAACCAUCGGAUUUAGUUGGUUUAAGACAGAUACAAUUAAUCAUUUCUUGCAUGGAAGAGAAUGCUAGUAAUUCAUGUUUUCACCGACAUGCCGAGUUGAUGGAUUAUAUAACAAAAGGGAUCAUAAUUGCUAUAUCUAUGAAGCAUGAUAUUAUUUACAAACAACUUCAAGAGUCAUUGCAAAGGAGUGCCUCAUUAGUCGAUGACUCAAGAAUACAAGACACAUUCAUAAAGCUUCUCAAAAGCGAAGAUCCACAUGUAAAAACGAAUAUUCUCUCAAUGAUUUCACAAUUAUCGUUUUCAAAUUCAUCACCUCAACUCAUUCAUACACUGCUUCUCUACCUUGAUGAUGAGUACUGGUAUACAAGAGCGAUAGCAUGUGAAGCUCUCGGGCAAAUGCGCGGCGAAGCAGUAACCGAUGAUGUGAUUAAUAGACUAGUAGCUGCACUUGGGGACGAGAAUGAUAACGUCAAAUCGAAUAUAUAUCUUGCUUUGGGGAAAAUUGGUGGAAAAGCAGCAAGUGAUCAAAUAAGAGACCUUCUGUCGGCUGUACUCGCUGAUGAGAAUGAGUAUUUCAGAGAAAUAGUAUGUGUGGCUCUUGGAGAAAUGGGUGAAAAAGCGGCAAGUGAUGAUGUUUUAAAUAGAUUGGUGGCUGCUGUUGAUAAUAAGACUGCGGAUAUUAGACGGAAAGCAUGCGAUGCUCUCGGAAAAAUUGGUGAAAAAGCAGCAACCAAUGAUGUUAUGAAUAAGUUGGUGACUGCAUUUGGAGAUGAAAACUAUUAUGUUAGGGAGAGUGCACGAAAAUGUCUCGGAAAGUUGGAUAAAAAAGUAACAACCAAUGAUAUUAUCAAUAGGUUGAUGAUGGCACUUCAGGAUAAGGAUGCUAAUGUUAGACAACGUGCAUGUGCAUCUCUGAGGGAAAUGGGUGAAGAGGUUGCAACGAAUGACGUUAUCAAUAGGUUGAUGAUUGCUCUUGGAGACGAGAACCCAAAUGUUCGAGAGGAUGCGUGUAAAGCUCUUGGAAAAAUGGGUGAACGAACAACUAGCGAUGAUGCAAUCAAUAAGCUGGUGAUUGCACUUGCGGACGAGAACGCAAAUGUUCGAUGGUCUGCAUGUCAAAUUCUUAGGAAAAUGGGUGAAAAAACACCAAUCAACGGUGUAAUCAAUGAGCUGGUGGCUGCCCUUAAGGAUGAACAUUGGAACAUCAAACGAGAUGCAUGCAACGCUCUCGGAGACUUAGGUGAAAAGGCAGCAACCAAUGACGUUAUCAAUGGUCUUAUGACAGCGCUCGAAGAUUGUUAUGGGAAUGUAAAAGAGGCUGCAUGCAAAGCUCUCGGAGAAAUGGGUGAAAAGGCAACAGCCAAUGACGUUGUCAAUGGACUGAUCAAUACACUUGGGAAUGCGUGGUCUGAUGUCAGAGAGAGUGCGUGGAAAGCUCUUAGAAAAAUGAAUCAAAAAGUAACAACCGAAGACCUUGUGAAUAGGAUACUGACGGCACUUUAG